GAGCCGUGCGGGCGGGGGGCGCCGCGGCGGCGGGCGCGGGCUCGCGGCAGCCCAGCACCGAGACCCUGGACAGCCCGACUGGAUCCCACGUGGAAUGGUGUAAACAGCUGAUUGCUGCGACCAUUUCGAGUCAGAUUUCAGGGUCUGUCCCAUCAGAGGGUGUGUCCAGAGACUACAGGGUGUACAGGAGGCCAGUAAUACGGCAGGAGAUUCAGGAUGGACACAAUGGCUAUCAUUCUGAAGCAGAACCUGAUCAGGUGGCACUGCGGGAUGGAAACAAACUGGCACAGAUGGAAGAGGCUCCACUUUUUCCUGGAGAAUCAAUCAAAGUUAUUGCUAAGGACGUUAUGUAUAUCUGCCCAUUUAUGGGAGCAGUCAGUGGCACACUCACAGUGACGGACUUCAGAAUGUUUAUCAAAAGUGUGGAGAGGGAUCCACCUUUUGUUGUUGAUGUUCCCCUUGGAGUUAUAAGUAGGGUUGAAAAAAUUGGAGUACAGAGCCAUGGAGACAAUUCAUGUGGUAUAGAAAUAGUUUGCAAGGACAUGAGAAAUUUGCGGCUGGCCUAUAAACAGGAAGAGCAGAACAGACUGGAGAUCUUUGAAAACCUUGUAAUACGUGCAUUUCCUGUUUCUAAUGGGCUGCCUCUUUUUGCAUUCAGCUAUAAGGAAAAGUUUGCUGUUAAUGGCUGGAAGGUGUAUGAUCCAAUGGCAGAAUAUAAGAGGCAGGGCUUGCCCAAUGAGAGUUGGAAGAUAUCCAAAAUUAACAGCACCUAUGAGCUCUGUGAUACAUACCCUGCUGUUCUUGUUGUGCCAACCAGUGUGAAGGAUGAUGACCUCUCAAAAGUGGCAGCAUUUAGAGCAAAAGGGAGAGUUCCUGUGUUAUCCUGGAUCCAUCCUGAGAGUCAAGCAACAAUCACACGAUGCAGCCAGCCAUCAGUUGGCCCAAAUGAUAAACGUUGCAAGGAAGAUGAAAAAUAUUUGCAGACAAUUAUGGAUGCCAAUGCUCAGUCACACAAACUUAUCAUCUUUGAUGCCAGGCAGAAUAGUGUUGCAGAUACAAACAAGGCUAAAGGUGGAGGAUAUGAAAGUGAAAGUGCCUACCCAAAUGCAGAGCUGGUCUUUUUGGAGAUUCACAAUAUCCAUGUGAUGAGAGAAUCCCUGAGAAAACUGAAAGAAAUUGUUUAUCCUACCAUUGAUGAGACUCGGUGGCUGUCAAAUGUGGACUCCACACACUGGCUGGAAUAUAUAAGGAUGCUUCUCGCUGGAGCGGUCAGAAUUGCAGAUAAAAUUGAGUCUGGUAAAACCUCUGUAGUGGUGCACUGCAGUGAUGGCUGGGACCGGACUGCACAGCUCACUGCUCUGGCCAUGCUCAUGCUGGACAGCUACUACAGAACCAUCAAGGGCUUUGAAGUGCUUGUAGAGAAAGAGUGGAUAAGUUUUGGACAUCGAUUUGCAAUGCGAGUGGGACACGGAGAUGACGAUCAUGCUGAUGCUGACAGGUCUCCCAUCUUCCUGCAGUUCAUUGACUGUGUUUGGCAGAUGACAAGGCAGUUUCCUGCAGCCUUUGAAUUCAAUGAGUUAUUUUUGAUCACCAUUCUGGAUCACCUUUAUAGCUGCCUCUUCGGGACUUUCUUAUGCAACUGUGAAAAAGAGAGAUUAAAAGAGGAGGUGAGCACAAAGACUGUAUCUCUGUGGUCCUAUAUAAACAGCCAGUUAGAGGAAUUCACAAAUCCCUUCUAUGUAAACUAUGAAAACCAUGUCCUGUAUCCUGUUGCCAGCCUGAACCAUUUGGAGCUGUGGGUGAAUUACUACAUCAGGUGGAACCCCAGGAUGAGGCCUCAGGUUCCAAUCCACCAGAAUCUCAAAGAGCUGCUGGCCAUCAGGACAGAGCUCCAGAAGAAGGUUGAGGAUUUGCAGCGGGAAGCUGCCACACGUUCCAUUUCCUCCUCCUCUGACAGAGGCUCCUCUCCCUCCCAUUCUGCCACCCCAGUGCACACCUCUGUGUGAUGUGGAACUAAAGCCACGUGAAAAAUCAGUGUCAGGUAACAGAGGAGGGUGAAAUGCUUCUCCCAUCACAAAAGGAUUGUGAGUGACUCGUGAUUGCUGUGAUCUCCAUGCCUUACUCUGUGUCUGAUACUAUCACAAUGAGGCCAAAAAGAGCUUCAGUAGAUGUGAUGUAUUUUCUUGUUGGCAGUUCCCACAUGUGUUUUGACACUCUAGCUAAGUCACCGAUCGUGAAAUUAAACUUUGUUUUGAGCAACUAACAAUUUAACCAUUCUAAAAAGGAAUCCAUCUGCCAAGCAGAGAGAAAAAUGCCUCACACAUUGUCUAGAGUACUAUGCCUGGUUGAGAGAAUCGGAUGAAAUGCCACAUGAUGCUUACACAGAACACAAAAUGUUUUUCUGAAUGGGAGCUCCUUAUUUCACUCGGUAAUAUAUAUAUAUAUAUUUCUAUUUUUUUUUUUUGCUAGAGCAAUUUAUUUUUUUUAGGUAAUGCACUUGGAAAUUGAUUUUAAAAUAAAUGUUUUCCAGUGUAGUCAGUUUUACAUUUCGAACUAAAUAUGCCAUUAAAAGUGGAUGAAGUUGAGCUGGGUUUAUCAAGUACACCACACUGACUUGUAUGAUGUAAUAUAUUUGGUAAAGCAUGUAUUUUAGGUUUUUUAAUGCCUUUUGUACAAGUUGAAAUAAAGUCUUUUGACUGUUUAGCUUAUUGUUCAGGUUCAGCCUCCUGAGCGAGGAGUAAACUUGCUCAUGUCAAGGUCCUGUACAAAGUAAAAGUUUGUUUUCUAGCAAAUGGUAAUUCUGGGGUUGGAAUGACACCCAGCUGUGUAAAUUGUAUAGUCUGUAUAGCUGCACAUUGUAAGUGUUUUGUUUCUAAGUGUACACACAAAAUGCAAAGCUGUGUGCGUUUACACCCAUGUGUAUGUGAUGUGGAACAUUUGCAUCCUCCCGUGGGUUUAAGCUGUACCUUCAGAAAUGGAUCCUGCCUGUCCAAACCCUUCUGAGGACCUUAACUUGCAAUGACUUUGUUUGACAAAGUUUUUUGAAUAAUAUGAUAUUAAUUGUUUUUCUUGAAAUAAAGCCUCUUGGCUUUUUGUUUUUUAAA